AAUCACCCCCAGGACUUUUUGACGUUUGUCUUGUUUACAAAAUCAAGUAAAAAUGAAUUUUGAAAUUUUUAAUUAAUUUGCGUAAUUUUAAUUAAUAUGAUAAUUGUUUCUCUAUCCCAGCAACGCAUUAAACAUCUUCUAAACCUAUCAAAACUGCUGAGCACGUUUGUUUCUCGGAAAAUGGAUAAAAAUGUGAAAAUACGUGAAAAUCCCAUAGUUACCAAGUUGGAUUAUGAAAACUACAAGGCGAUUCUUACGGAGGACUUGGUAGAUUUGUUGGAUCUGUUCAAGAAAUAUAAGUAUGAGAUUAGAUUAGCUGGAGGGCCGGUAAGAGAUUUGUUGAUGAAGAAAAUCCCCACGGAUAUUGAUCUUGCCACCACAGCUACGCCAACGCAAAUGAAGGAAAUGUUUAUGAUGGAAGAUGUCCGGAUGGUGAAUACAAAUGGCGAGAAGCACGGCACAAUCACUCCGCGAAUCAAUAAUGCCACAAACUUUGAGGUGACUACCCUGCGGAUUGACGUGGCCACAGAUGGGCGACGUGCUGAGGUGGAAUUCACGAAGAAUUGGCUCUUGGAUGCAAACCGACGGGACCUCACGAUAAAUUCAAUGUUUAUGGAUUUGGAUGAUGGUGCAAUUUACGACUACUUCUACGGCUAUGAAGAUCUCCAACGCCGAAGGGUUGCUUUUGUGGGGAAUCCAGAGACACGAAUACAGGAGGAUUACUUGAGAAUAUUGCGCUAUUUUCGCUUUUACGGGCGCAUUGCUGAGGUACCAAAUAACCACGAAGAAGGCACUCUCAGUGCCAUAAAGAAGCACAUUGGAGGACUCGAGAGGAUUAGUGGAGAGAGAAUUUGGAUGGAAUUGAAAAAAAUCCUUCAGGGAAACUUCUGCUGUGAACUGGUUAAGGUUAUGAUGGAGUGUGGUAUGGCCAAGUUUAUUGGAUUGCCAGAAGUGCCCAACAUUGAGGAAUUUGAGAGAGUCUACAAAGCGCAGAGCAACUUUAAAAUUCCAGCCAAUUCAGCUACUAUUCUGUGUUCUCUUCUCUGGACACCACAAGAUGCUAUAAAAUUGCAUGAGAGAUUGAAAUUGUCAGCAUUUGAGCGAGAUCUCAUUUUCUUCAUCACCCAAAAUAGGGAAGAGACACGAAAUAUUGAUCAGAUAGUACAUUUCCAAAAGAUGUGCUUCCAAACAUCGGGUAAGAUCAGCGAAACCCGAAGUUAUAUUGAACAAUUGCUUCAGUACCACAAUAAAGAGAAAUUGCAUCGUACUUUCAUGGAAUGGGAAGUACCUCGAUUCCCAGUGAGUGGUACGCAAUUGAAAGAUCAUGGGUGCCCAACUGGAAAGGCCAUGGGCAAUGUAAUGAAUGCUCUGAAGGAGAUUUGGGCUCAAGAGGAAUUCAAGUCAACGUCUGAGGAACUUUUGCGGCAUUUGCCAGACAUUCUUGAAAAGAUGAAAGGCAACAGGUCACCUCGAGCCACAAAGAAACAGAGAGUGUAGGAGCAUUUGUGAUAGAUGGAAAUAAAUUCAAUUGCAUAAUCACAAA